GCGGGAACCAGAGAGGAGCCCAGCGGGGGAAUGAGGCCCCGGAGCGGAGCUGCGCGCCGACUGCGCGCCCGGGACGGUGUCCCUCUGAAGAGUCCCUGAGCCUGCUUGCACCCCCUAGAGGGACUCCACAGCCAUGUCCUGGUUGCAUUGAGCCUGCCUCCUGCCAGCAUUUCGGGGCUCUGUCCCUGCCCAGCUCCUGGACCCACUCCCCAGCCUAUUCCUCACCCCAGCCUGCACCGAAGCAACUCCUCAAGCUUCAGGACUCAGUGGGGCACAGUGGCAGUCACGUGCAUGCUGGGACCGAGACGGACGGGCUGCCGCUCCCCCUGCCGCUCCUCCGGCCCCCAGAGGCCUGUCUGUUUGCCUCCCGGCGCCGUCUGACCCAGGUGAGCGAGAGGAUGCUGGCGGGGGGCGCGAGGAGCAUGCCCAGCCCCCUCCUGGCCUGCUGGCAGCCCAUCCUCCUGCUGGUGCUGGGCUCGGUGCUGUCAGGCUCGGCCACUGGCUGCCCACCCCGCUGCGAGUGCUCCGCCCAGGACCGCGCGGUGCUCUGCCACCGGAAGCGCUUCGUGGCGGUGCCGGAAGGCAUCCCCACCGAGACCCGCCUGCUGGACCUGGGCAAGAACCGCAUCAAAACGCUCAACCAGGACGAGUUUGCCAGCUUCCCGCACCUGGAGGAGCUGGAGCUCAACGAGAACAUCGUGAGCGCCGUGGAGCCCGGCGCCUUCAACAACCUCUUCAACCUCCGGACGCUGGGGCUCCGCAGCAACCGCCUGAAGCUCAUCCCCCUGGGCGUCUUCACCGGCCUCAGUAACCUGACCAAGCUGGACAUCAGCGAGAACAAGAUCGUCAUCCUGCUGGACUACAUGUUCCAGGACCUGUACAACCUCAAGUCGCUGGAGGUCGGCGACAACGACCUCGUCUACAUCUCCCACCGAGCCUUCAGCGGCCUCAAUAGCCUGGAGCAGCUGACGCUGGAGAAAUGCAAUCUGACCUCCAUCCCCACCGAGGCGCUGUCCCACCUGCACGGUCUCAUCGUCCUGCGGCUGCGGCACCUCAACAUCAAUGCCAUCCGGGACUAUUCCUUCAAGAGGCUGUACCGGCUCAAGGUCUUAGAGAUCUCGCACUGGCCCUACCUGGACACCAUGACUCCCAACUGCCUCUACGGCCUCAACCUGACGUCCCUGUCCAUCACACACUGCAACCUGACCGCUGUGCCCUACCUGGCCGUGCGCCACCUGGUCUAUCUCCGCUUCCUCAACCUCUCCUACAACCCCAUCAGCACCAUCGAGGGCUCCAUGUUGCAUGAGCUGCUCAGGCUGCAGGAGAUCCAGCUGGUGGGCGGGCAGCUGGCCGUGGUGGAGCCCUACGCCUUCCGCGGCCUCAACUACCUGCGCGUGCUCAAUGUCUCCGGCAACCAGCUGACCACGCUGGAGGAGUCGGCCUUCCACUCGGUGGGCAAUCUGGAGACCCUCAUCCUGGACUCUAACCCGCUGGCCUGCGACUGCCGGCUCUUGUGGGUGUUCCGGCGCCGCUGGCGGCUCAACUUCAACCGGCAGCAGCCCACGUGUGCCACGCCCGAGUUCGUCCAGGGCAAGGAGUUCAAGGACUUCCCCGACGUGCUCCUGCCCAAUUACUUCACCUGCCGCCGCGCCCGCAUCCGGGACCGCAAGGCCCAGCAGGUGUUCGUGGACGAGGGCCACACGGUGCAGUUCGUGUGCCGGGCGGAUGGCGACCCGCCGCCCGCCAUCCUCUGGCUCUCGCCCCGCAAGCACCUGGUCUCGGCCAAGAGCAACGGGCGACUCACGGUCUUCCCUGACGGCACGCUGGAGGUGCGCUACGCCCAGGUACAGGACAACGGCACGUACCUGUGCAUAGCGGCCAACGCGGGCGGCAACGACUCCAUGCCUGCCCACCUGCAUGUGCGCAGCUACUCGCCGGAUUGGCCCCAUCAGCCCAACAAGACCUUCGCCUUCAUCUCCAACCAGCCGGGCGAGGGAGAGGCCAACAGCACCCGCGCCACCGUGCCUUUCCCCUUCGACAUCAAGACCCUCAUCAUUGCCACCACCAUGGGCUUCAUCUCUUUCCUGGGCGUCGUCCUCUUCUGUCUGGUGCUGCUGUUUCUCUGGAGCCGGGGCAAAGGCAACACGAAGCACAACAUCGAGAUUGAGUACGUGCCCCGCAAAUCGGACGCAGGCAUCAGCUCCGCCGACGCGCCUCGCAAGUUCAACAUGAAGAUGAUAUGAGGACGGGGCGGGGGGCAGGGACCCCCGGGUGCGCCGGGCAGGAGGAGGGGCCUGGCCGCCCUCCGCGGGCUCCCCAGUCCUUCCCACCUCCUCCCGACCCCUCCGCACACACACUUUUUCUCCCUCCCACCCCGUCCCCUGCUGACCCCGCCGGCCCUCACCGCCUGCCCUCUUCCUACCAGGACCUGAGGAGUCCAGGCCUGGGGACCCCACCUACACAGGGGCACUCGUUGACAGACUGGAGCCGGAAGCUGACAAACCAACUUGACGCGGCACAGUCAAUAGUUCAAUAAAAAAAGUUACGAACUUCCUCUGUAACUUGGGUUUCAAUAAUUAUGGAUUUUUAUGAAAACUUGAAAUAAUAAAAAGAGAAAAAAAAAAAAGCUAUUUCCUAUAGCUAGUCGGAAUGCAAACUUUUGACGUCCUGAUUGCUCCAGGGCCCUCUUCCAACUCAGUUUCUUGUUUUUUUCUCUUCCUCCUCCUCCUCUUCCUCCUUCCUCUUCUCUUCCCCUGUGGGGAGGGAUCACUCAGGAAAACAGGGAAGGAGGUUCCAGCCCCACCCGCCUGCCUGCCCACCCUGCCAGGGCGGUCCCCAGGAGCAGGUUGGGUGGUGGGUCUGCGCCCAGCUCUGGGCUGGCUGUUUGCAGAGAGCGGGUGGAGGGGACAGGGCUGCCCAGUGGGGAUGAGGGCCUGUCUGCUGAGCUGCCAGGCAGCACUACUGCCAGGGGCAGGGGGGCCUGGCUCGGGUGUGGCUGAGACUCUGGACAGGGGCUGGGGUCCUCUGGAGGACAGCACAGUCAGUGGAGAGAGCCGGGUGCCGAGGCCUAACUCUGGUCCCAGCUCUGCUGCCGACUUGCUGUGUGGCCUCGAAAAGGUCAUCAACCCUCUCUGGGCCUCAGCCUCCACAUCUGUAUAAAUGGAAACGCUACUCCCGGCCCCGCCUACCUCACAGGGCUGUUGUGAGGAAUUGAUGAGAUGAUGUAUGUGAAACACUUUGUAACCUGUAAAGCGCUGUGCACAUGUGUGGGUGACUGUU